AUGUCACCCGAACCUAUGCCACAUAACGAGUUCCAGGACGAACGCGCCGCGAACCUAGCGCAAGCGGAUGCGGCGCAUCGCGAAGCAUACGAUUUCUGGGGUUACCUUUUCAAGGAAGAUAAAUGCGGGACCCCGUUGCUGGAUCGCCUGUUGAAGGGCAUCGCCUACGUCAUUAGCCAGAAGUUCGGAUCAAGCGACUCGCCUGAUCUUACGCCUUCGCAAAUCGCAGCCUGGUAUCGCAGUGUUGGGGGCGACUACGACGUACUAUUCACAGACACACCACCUUCAUCCGUCGCGUUCAUAUAUCGGUCACUCGGCGCAUUCCACAGCCUGCAACCAGCACCAGACGACGACGGCUACUCGAGUCCUACCAUACCUGCGCUGAAGAAGGACGGCUUUGUGACAUGGCAGACAAUACAGUUGCUGCUAGGGCCAGAAGAGCAUGUGCCUUUCCUACAGAAGGCGGUGGAGCUGGAUGACAUACCCGAUCUGGAAACGGGGGGCACCUUCCCUAAAAUCCUACCCAAGGAGUGCUUCCCAGAGAAACCGGAUGAUGCGAUGGAGACGUGGUAUCAGAGCGUUGCCGCCAGGCUUAAGAAGGAGGCGGAAGAGGAGCUCAAUGGGGGCAGUGCGGCUGAGGAGCCAAAACCGCGUACUUCGACGGACAGCGAGGGAAAUUCAGCCGAUGACAAGUCCGGCGCGUACCGCUACUUUGAAGACCCGCUCUAUCGGAAUGGAAGACCGCGGCCGACCUUCAUGCGCCAUGUCUCGAAGCAAUCUCCAAGGCCCGCAGAGGACCAUGGAAGGCCGGGGGCUAUUAUCUCAAGGACCGCACCGGGUACGGAAGCGAUGGGUACUCAGAUGAAGAUGCCACACCCAUUGCGCCUAUCCCUCAACCAGGUCCCCGAUAUUCCGCCCACAAGCGUCCACACCCACCGCGACGUGAAUCUUCGUUAUCAACAACAGACUCCGACUCAGAUCCAGAUCGCCCGUCUCCUCGGCGGCAAAAUCCUGUACUGCGUACCCAUCGAUCUCACGAGCCGCCCAUAUCGCAGCCGGGCUAUUUUCCCGCCUACAAUGAGGCGCGCCGUUACUCAAAUCAACACGACCCAGUCCGAGUAUACGAAGGAAAUUCAACGGCAACAUCUCCCCAACACGUAUAUGUACCAACUCAAUCCCCACUCUUCGCGACCCAAGUCGCGCAAGCCCAGCGAGAAGCACAGAAACAGCAAUACUACCUCUCACGACCCGUCAUGCCGCCACGCACGAGUUAUAGACCCGUUCCAUCUAGCAGCGUGCGGGAGAGACACCAUCGCGACCGCGACCCGUACGCCAUGGGAAGCGGUAGCAGCCGCUCCCACCGCCGCCACUCGGAAGACGUCGAAUACCCGCGCGAGCGUACCCGCGACCGUGAUUCAGCCCGGACACGCAGUCAUGAUAGAGUCAAAGACGAAUGGGACGAUCGCCAUGAUCGAAGUCGCGAUCGAGACCGCGACCGCGACCGUGACCGAGACAGAGACAGACAUAGAGACCGCGACAAGAGAAACUCCAGCUACGAGGACAGAGACAGAGACAGAGACGACAGUCGCGAAAGAGAUCGAGAACGAGACAGAGACCGGGUAUGUGUCUGGGGUGCAGGACGGUGUGUCUGGCCGGAAAUAUCCUGUCGCUUAA